UCCACUUACAAGAGCAUCAACAAAAAAUAUCAGCGAGUGCUUUUCCUUUACCAUUUUUUAAAGUUGUUCAUCCGGUUUUCAGGGCGCCGUCGCGCACUUAACAUAAUCGGCGCUUAGGAUUUCAAUUUUCAAAGGCCGACAACUAUGGCAAAUACAUUUCCCGAGUCUAUUGUGAUGAGAUCAUCCGCCUCUCAGCGGAACCUAAGAUUCAUUACGGAACCCGCGGGUCAACGUGGUUUUGUAACUAGUUGGGAAGAAAAUGUUUUCGAACCAUUCGCGAAGAUUGCAGUGGAGAGGGCAAAAGUAGAUAGCAGAUUUAUUCACCUACGAUUCUCUCACACUAAUAAAUAUUGGGCACGAGCCAGUCGUGAUAGAAAUAAUUCAUGGAUUCUUGCUAAUUCGAACCAACCGGAGGAAGACACGUCCAAAUUGUCGUGUACAAUGUUUGAGCCAAUCACAACGAUUAAUAGCGUUACAUUCGUAUUUCGACAUGUUCAAAGCGGAGGGCUUGUGCGAAUGAAUCCCGCAACAGGCAACCGCAAUAUUUUUGUGGAGGAUGCCAGUGUUCCGCAUAAUUUAACUAAUCAACUUAUUUUCACUUUUGUUGAUUGGGAUACAUUAGUUAGACUGCCUAGACAUGUCGCAUUCAAAGGCUUCAACGACAGAUAUAUUCGGCACGUAGUGGGCGGUGGAAACAACUUCAAUCAAUUCUCAUCCGAGGAUCCUAACUGCGAGAGAUCGGGCUAUGAGAUCAUACUCCAUCCCGAUGGACAUAUCCGUGUGAGGUCUAAUAUUGUGGGUCGAUUUUGGAGACGAAGUCCGAAUUGGAUAUGGUCAGAUUCAACAGAUAACAGUGGCACAGACAUUAACACUUUGUUUUGGCCGGUUAAAGUUAGUGACAACGCCAUUGCUCUUCGCAACGCAGGUAAUAACAGAUUCUGCAGUAUUCUUUCAGCAAACGGUUACACCAAUAAUCUUAAUGCUGCAGUGAACACUAUUACAAGAGAAGCAAGAUUAACAGUUAGAGAGCUUGUUCUCGACAGAAGUAUAUUUAACGUUCGAUUUCGCAUGGAAGAUGCCCGAAUCUACGACGAGCAAGCUUCAAUAGCAGGCAUUGGUUGUCCUAUUAAUGAAUCCGAAAAAGCAGCUAAAUUAACUGUUACAAUCGGUUAUGAAGAUACAUCGUCAUUUACGUUUAGCAAUGGUUUAUCGCUAUCCGCUGGAGUAUCAACCACCAUCAGAACCGGGAUCCCACGCAUUGCUGAAGGAGAGAUUUCAGUUUCUGCUGAGGUAACUACAUCAUUCGAGUGGAACAGAACGACGGAGGAAAGCAGAAACGCAGAAGCUGCGUAUGAAGUUGUCGUGCCGCCUAAAAGCCGGGUCAGGGUCCAUUUUAUAUCAACCAGAGGGACUUGUAGCGUUCCUUUCUCUUACACUCAGCGAGACAGGAGCUCUACUAAUGGAAACUUUACAACUACUAACCAUACUGAUGGUAUUUACACUGGUAUCAAUUAUUACAGCUUCCACUUCGAGAAACAUGCAAUAGAGCCUCUUUAACUCAUCAAUGUCGAUCCCCUUUGCUCCAUCAAUCGCCUUCUUAAUUAUUGUCACCUUUGCUUCGCUUUGUACUACUAUGUUAUGUUCAAUUAUGUUUUGCUCUAUGUUGUUUUGGGUUUGUUUACUUAUCUUAAAUUAUAUGCAAAUAAAUUAAAUUAAUGUUUAUUAUGUAUAUAUGAUUGAUGGUAUCCAUGUUGGAAUAAUAUCUUCAAACUUUCGUUA